UUCCUAAAAAUUUAUUGUUCUGCGCUCCGCGCCGCCGUUGGCAGCUGUGGAUUCGAUAGUGAAAAUCGACACCUCCACCGGCCGCUUGCCCACCCGCCGCUGUUGCUGCGCGCAAACGACCCCAGAAUGGAGACCGACCGAAUAUCUUCCCUGGGCUCGAGCCUGAAGGAACAGCCCAAUGGCGCGCUCGUCGUCCAGGAUGCCCGGACCCAGCUGCUGUCCAAGGCCGAGCAGACAAAGAUCCGUCGCCAUAAACAGGCACAACGCAUAUACGGCCGUGGCAGACAGAUCGACGUCAGGGGGAUCAAGGACAAGAAGUUGCGCCGAAACCUCCAGACCCUCGAGGACAAGUACAAGGUCGCCGCUGUCAAAGCAAAGGACGCCGAGAUCCUCCACGAGAACACGGCCGGUUUCCUCGAGGCCGAGACGGAGCUCGAGAGGACAUACAAGAUCCGCCAGGACGAGAUCACCCGUGAUGUCGCGAUAGAAACAGCGCAGAAGCGCUUUGACCUCACCCUCGACCAGCUCGGCCCCUACCUAUGCGACUACUCCCGCAACGGCCGGGAGCUUCUGCUCGCCGGGAGGAAAGGGCAUGUCGCAACCUUUGACUGGAGAGAAGGAAAGCUUGGGUGCGAGCUGCAGCUCAACGAGACCAUCAGGGAUGUCCGGUGGCUGCACAAUAACCAGUUCUUCGCUGUUGCGCAGAAGAAGCACGUUUUCAUUUACGACCACCAAGGCAUCGAGCUGCACUGUCUACGGAAACACAACGACGUUACACACAUGCAGUUCCUGCCAUACCAUUUCCUUCUUUCCACUGCCAACCGCGGAGGCAUGUUGAGGUAUCAAGAUACAUCGACAGGCCAAAUAGUUUCCGAGAUUGCGACCAAGCUCGGCCCGCCUGGCGCACUCGCCCAGAACCCCUGGAACGCGAUCCUGCAUAUGGGCCACCAGAACGGCACGGUGACGCUCUGGUCCCCCAACUCCUCGGACCCUCUGGUGAAGCUGCUGGCACAUAAGGGACCUGUGCGGUCAAUAGCAAUCGACCGCGAGGGCCGCUACAUGGUCUCAACCGGCCAGGACCAGAGGAUGGCUGUUUGGGAUAUCCGAAUGUUCAAAGAGGUCAACAACUACUUCACGAAAGCGCCUGCGACGUCUGUCGCCAUAUCCGAUUCGGGGUUGACCGCCGUCGGGUGGAACACGCAUGCGACCAUAUGGAAGGGGCUGUUUGACAAGAACGUGGCGGUCCAGGAGAAAGUGCAGAGCCCAUACAUGACCUGGGGAGGCGAGGGCAAAAGGGUGGAGAACGUCAGGUGGUGCCCCUUCGAAGAUGUGCUCGGGAUAGGCCAUGAGAAGGGCUUCUCGUCGACACUGGUUCCUGGUGCCGGGGAGGCAAACUUUGACGCGCUCGAGGUCAACCCGUACGAGACGAAGAAGCAGAGGCAGGAGGGCGAGGUCAAGGGUCUGCUCAACAAGCUGCAGCCCGAGAUGAUCGCCCUGGACCCCAACUUCAUCGGCAACCUGGACCUGCGCUCGGAGAAGCAACGGCAGGCGGACAAGGACCUGGACGCGCCGGCGGUGGACGUGGCCGAGGAGAUCAGGAACAAGAUGCGCGGCAAGAACAGCGCGCUCAAGAAGUACCUGAGGAAGCAGCGGAAGAAGAACAUCAUCGACGAGAAGAGGCUCAAGGUCGAGGAGAUCUGGAAGGAGCAGCAGGACAAGAGGCAGGAGAAGCACAAGGCGCAGCAAGAAGAGCUGGGGCCUGCGCUCGCUCGCUUCGCUCGAAAAGAAUGAGGGGCUGGAGAUUUUUUUGGAUGAGGGCAUGCAUUACCACGAAGAUACCCAAUGCCACCAAUGCUCUCCAACUAAUGGCCAUGCUACCCUGUUUUGUUGUGCCGGAAGCUACUAUAUUCACUUGCACAGGACUCAUCUGGGAAGACCGCAUCUGCUUCCUAGUGUGCCGACCAGUGACCGUGAUCUAGGUUCCUUCGUCCGUUUAUACCUAUCCCAUUUCUAUGUGACUCUAUGACCGUUUGUUUUUCGGUUUUCCCUUCCAACGCCAUGGCUAUGCUCUGCAAUGGC